AACACCCAUUCAGAAAACACAAACAAACGCAGCCAAAACAACAACUAACGACAAAGAUUCUUCCCCAACACAAGGGAAAACCGGAGCAACAAAAAAAGUAACACACACGCACACACGCAUCAUCGUAUAACAUUUGUUUUAUUUUUUUUAAAGAGCGAGUGUUGUAACAAAUGGUGAAGUCGAAGAGCGUGGAGAAACCUGCGGAGGAACAACAACGAGGUGGUGUUUCAGCGUACAGAGGAGUACGGAAGAGGAAGUGGGGGAAGUACGUGUCGGAAAUUAGGCUGCCCAACAGCCGUCAAAGGAUUUGGUUGGGUUCCUACGACAGCGCCGAAAAGGCGGCGCGUGCAUUCGACGCGGCCAUGUUCUGCUUACGUGGCAGCGGUGCCAACUUUAAUUUCCCGAGCGACCGGCCCAACAUCGCUGGCGGGAGGAACAUGACGCCCUCGCAGAUUCAGAUCGCCGCGGCGCGUUUCGCCAAUUCGGAGCCCCGAAAGGAGUGUUCGGGUAAACCCGUGGAGUCUUUGACUUCGAUUGAGGAAACGACGUCGUUUCCAGUAAAUUCGGAUACGGAUACAUCUUCUCCUCUAUCAGUAGUGACGAUCCAAAACGACACCGAAGUAGCAACCGGGUCGUUUCCGGGUAUAUUUUCGGGUUUCGGGUCGGGUAAUUUCGUCCCCGAAUUCUCCGAUUUUCCGAGCUUCGAUGAUUUCGGCCACGAUUUCUUCGUGCAUGAGCUUCCGGGUUUCGAUUACGGAGAAGAGAACUUGGAUGGGUUGAUAAUUCAGGACUCGUUCCUGUGGAAUUUCUAAGCGGGUCGGGGUUAGGAUAAUUUUAUUAUAUCCCAACCGUGUUUAGAAUUCGGAUCGGAUCCGGAUUUGGGUUGGUCAAUUUUUGUGAGACCAUGCCCUCUGUGUUAGUAGUUAGUGAUGGUAAUGUUUUUUUUAUGUACCUAGUAGUCAAGGUUUCGAUUUUUUGGGAUGAGAAUCAUAAUUUAUUUAUUUGUCAUGACUCAUGUCAUUAAUUGUAAAGUUGUCUGCUGAUAGUGUAAUUUUCUUUUGGCCAUUCAUUCAAUUAUAAAAAUGAUAAGAUAUUUUCGUCUGGAUA